UUCCCUUCUUCGAUCAAUUAAAUAAACUUGGGUUUUCCGCAACACAUGUCAACAACAGUUAUAUAAAUUAUAUAAUCAAUCUUAAAUUAAACAUCUUUUCUUGUUUUAAUAUUAUUCUUAAUAAUUUAAACUAUACUCUUUGAAUUUCAUCUGAUCUUUUGUUUUAACUAGUCGGAUGUUUUCUACGUCCUACCUAUUAUGCUUGAAUUACAAGUUUGAGCUGAUCUCAUCAUCUCUUGCUAGGCUGUUAUGUUCAGGCAUAUGUAGACUCUAGUGUUAUUAUGGGUCAGACUGGCCAGUUCCAAAAGGAUGUCGCGAAGUACGGAAAAAUGGAAUACAUGAGAUGUUCUCCAGAAAAUGGUUUCUUUCCCGAUUUAUCCACCGUCUCUCGAACAGAUAUCAUAUUUUUCUGUUCACCUAACAAUCCAACUGGUUCUGCUGCAUCAAGGAUGCAACUUACUCAGUUGGUUCAGUUUGCCAAGAAGAAUGGGUCGAUUAUAGUUUAUGAUUCCGCAGAUGCCAUGUACAUGUCAGAUGACAACCCGCGGUCCAUCUUUGAAAUUCCUGGAGCCAAAGAGGUUGCAAUUGAGACUGCCUCAUUUUCCAAGUACGCAGGGUUCACUGGAGUUCGUCUGGGAUGGACUGUGGUUCCAAAAGAGCUUCUCUUUUCGGAUGGGUUUCCUGUUGCCAAUGAUUUCAACCGCAUUGUUACUACUUGCUUCAAUGGUGUAUCCAACAUUGCCCAAGCUGGUGCUCUUGCAUGCCUUUUGCCAGAAGGUCUUAAGGCUAUGCAUGAGGUGAUUGGCUUCUACAAAGAAAAUACUAAUAUUAUAGUGGAGACUUUUAACUCACUUGGCUCUAAUGUCUACGGAGGGAGAAAUGCACCUUAUGCAUGGGUUCAUUUUCCCGGUCGAAGUUCAUGGGAUGUGUUCGCUGAAAUUCUCGAGAAGACACAAGUUGUUACAACCCCUGGCAGUGGUUUCGGACCUGGUGGUGAAAUUUUUAUUAGGGUUAGCGCCUUCGGUCAUAGGGCUAAUGUGUUAGAAGUAUGUAGAAGAUUCAAGCAGUUGUACAAAUGAGGAUGAUUUCAUUUGUCUCAGCCAUAUCUGGCUUUCUGUGAUUGUAGUUAUUAAUCCUUCUGCAUUCUAAUUGUGCUUAUAUAUUCAUGGAUGUUAAAGCAAUCUCUCAGUGAGUAAGUUCUAAUAAUAAAGAGUCAGGUUUUAUCAGAUUUAUAUAUUUCAUAAUAAA